UAGUCAGUCUGUUCUGUGUAAAUUUUAUCUGUCACUUGCUGUGCCGUAUAAUAUAACCUCAAAAAAAUCUUACUUAACCUAAACAAAACUUAACAAAUUAAGUUUUAUUGCACGGAUAAAUUCCAUACAAAACCCUUAUAAAGAAACAUUAUUAAGAAAGUCUUCCACCGAUUGGAAUCGUCUAAAAUAUGUAUGUAAGAUUUCCAACAUAAAUAAAAAAUAAUGUUGUUUUGUCCCACUUGUGCUAAUAUGCUCAUGGUAGAAGAAGGGCCGGAGUGUGGUAUGCGCUACGCAUGCAACACGUGCCCUUACAUUUAUAAUAUUACUAAAAAGGUGUCAGCUCGCACAUAUCCAAAAUUGAAGGAACUGGACUAUAUUAUGGGAAGCGCGGCUGCAUGGGAGAAUGUAGAUUCAACUGAUGCAGUAUGUCCAAAGUGCAGCCACGGCCGGGCCUACUUCAUGCAGCUACAAACACGUUCAGCCGAUGAACCGAUGACCACAUUCUACCGCUGCUGCAACCACUCCUGUGCUCACAACUGGAGGGACUAGUCUGCAAAUACUGAA